GCGGCAAGGGCUGGCGGCGGGUGAUGGUCGUGCUUCAAUUGCUCGUCGUGCUGCAGCUGGCGGGCGCCGCCUCAGCUGCUGCCCUGCCUGUAGUCAUCAACACCUGGGCGUUUAGGAAGGCCGCAGAGACAGCUUGGAGAGUAUUACAGUUGGGAGGUUCUGAGCUGGAUGCGGUUGAGAGAGGCUGUGGUCAGUGUGAGAUUGACCAAUGCGAUGGGAGUGUGGGAUAUGGAGGAAGCCCAGAUGAAAGUGGAGAAACAACACUGGAUGCAAUGAUUAUGGAUGGCAACACUAUGGAAGUUGGGGCAGUUGCGGAUCUCAGACAUGUAAAAAAUGCAAUUGGUGUAGCGCGAAAGGUCAUCGAAUACACUAAGCAUACAUUAUUAGUGGGAGAGUCAGCCUCCCUGUUUGCUGUAAGAAUGGGGUUUCCAUAUGAAGAUUUAACUACCCAGAAAUCUCUUUCGGUGUAUUCAAAGUGGCUUAAUGAAAGCUGUCAGCCAAACUACUGGAAGAAUGUGGUACCAGACUCUUCAAAAUCCUGUGGACCAUACAAACGGCCUGAAAAAGUAACCUAUAAAGAAGAACAGACCACCUUACAGAGAAGUGUUCAUAAUCAUGAUACUAUUGGUAUGGUUGUAAUCGGUGGGAGCGGAACCGUUGCUUCUGGGACAUCUACUAAUGGAGAUUCUCCGAUAGCUGGAGCAGGAUCCUAUGCGGAUAGUACAGCUGGAGGAGCUGCAGCUACUGGGGAUGGUGACAUCAUGAUGCGCUUCUUACCCAGUUAUCAAGCUGUGGAGUAUAUGAGGAUGGGAACAGACCCAACAGUAGCCUGUCAGAAAGUUAUUUCCAGAAUCCAGAAGUAUGCUCCAAAGUUCUUUGGUGCUCUUAUAUGUGCCAAUACAACUGGAAGUUACGGUGCUGCAUGUAAUAAAAUUCCAGGAUUCACUCAGUUUCACUUCAUGGUUUCUAGCCCUUUGCUAAGUCAGCCAGCUGAGCAAGUAGUAGAUUGCAUUUAAUUUCUUUUAUCCUAUUAACAUCUAAACUUAGAGAAGGAAAGUGCUAAGGUUCCCCAGGUGUUACAUUUUAAAACGGUUGUUCCAAGCGUCUGAUGGCUCUUAUAGUCUGUUUUUGUAAGAACUGAGUAGCCAAAAGUGAUGAAUGGUAAACAUUGAACUGGAUCUUCACUUUGCCAUUUAAAAACAUAUUUGGUGGAAAUCUGGAGUAAAGGGCAGGGAGCGGGAGGGGCUCUGCCUCUACACAUGAGACUUAGUUUGAGAAUAUUUAACUGACUUUCUAAGAUUUAGUCCAGGUUUUCUUUUCUCUUGCAUGCAAAUGCUGACAAGCAAGGAAAGGGUGUUGAAGAGUAGUGGAGGAGUUUUCAAAGCUUUAAUUAAGAGAUGAGGAGAAUCUCCUUGUGGACAUUUCUAAGUUGUUUCACAACAGCUGAGAAUAUGUUUGCAUAGAGAGGACAUUCAAACAUCCCUGGUAGUACAAGCCUUCAAGGAGUAUUGUGUGGACUGUAACUGGAUGUGAAGACAAUGGGAAAUCUUCCUGUCACCUGUUUUUUGUGGUGGAAGUUAAGUUACAAAUCUUAAUCACAGUGAUAUCCUUGACACUAAUAUGCUGUGCCCUUUCCUGUAGCACAUUUACCCCCGCAAAGGAACGGUUGCAUACCUAAAGCAUGACAGUUACCUACAGCUAACAAAGCUGGGUUUGUCACUUUCUUUUUCUGUGUCUAGAGAUGCCAGGAUUCAUUUGUAAUAGAACUUCAGCAUCUUGAGGAUUGUUCCAUAGGUAUUUGAAGAUCUGUUUGAUCGUUUUCUUAACUUGAUGGCUUGCUGAUCAUUUGAUUGAAUCUUUGCUAAACUUGAGCUAGGAAAAGUUAAAAGGGGGGAGCAAGUAAAAUGAGCAUGUCUUGUCAUAAACACUUUAAUUAUUCUUUGUCUACUUGAAUAAAAUCAUUGGGUAAUAAAAGCAUACCUUAAUGUAUC